AACUUCCUGUUGAUAAAUUUUCUGCACGUUUCUCUAAGAAGAAAUGACAAAACGUCCUUAUCUUUGAAAAUUUAAUUGCUAAAUAAUUUCAUUCAUGUUCAUUAAACAGAUUUUUCACCGAUUUAUACCAAGAUUGUCAUCUAUAGACUCCAAAAGACUUGUAGUUGUAAGAACUGAAACAAAUGGACAGAAAUUCCUCCAAGUUGCGAAUUACCGGUUUUUUGAUAGAGUACUUCUGAUUAAUUUACAGAAGUUUACAAAUAAGGCCAUUUCAUCAAAUUUCUUUGAUAUUUUCAACAAAUUGAAAUUAAAAAUGGAUAACAUUGACUCAGAGUCUGAGAUGUUAGAACUGUGUCCCCCAAAACAGGUUUUAGGAAUGAAAGUUUUGGACAAAUCUGCCUUCAAAAGGACUUGUAAAAUUCCAGGAGUUAAAGUACCAUUUCAAGCAAUAAAACAUAUGAGUAAAUGUAUGAAGUUAUCAAUGCUGAGGAUGCCAAAACUGAAACCAAUAGCAGAUCUUGAAAACUUUGAUCCUGAUUAUAAAUCACACAAGCUAUUUCUUCUCAAUCCAUUGAAAUACAAGUCACUAAAUGAUUUUAGCAAUGAAGAAAGACAAAUGUUCAAAAAAGCUGAUGUAGACUUGGAAAGCUUUCAGCAGUAUGAUAUAGAGUUGUGCUAUGAGAAUUGGACAGCUUCAGAAAUAAUUCCAGCUAUUGUAAAAACCAAUGUCUCUGGAUUUUCCAUUAUAGGACAUAUAGCCCAUCUUAAUUUAAAAGAAGAAGUCCUCCAAUAUAAACAUAUUAUAGGCCAGGUCUUAAUGGAUAAAAACCCUUCAGUGAAAACAGUAGUAAACAAAACUGGUCAAAUAGACAAUACUUUCCGUAAUUUUAAAAUGGAGUUAAUAGCAGGAGAAGAUAAUAUGAUAGCUCAAGCAAAAGAACAUGGAUUUACAUUUGAGUUUGACUUUUCAAAAGUAUAUUGGAAUCCCAGAUUGAGUUCCGAGCAUCAAAGGGUUGUUAAUGAAAUAAAAGAAGAAGAUGUUGUAUAUGAUGUUUUUGCUGGUGUAGGACCAUUUGCUAUACCUGCUGCUAAAUCAAGGAAAGCUAUUGUUUUUGCCAAUGACUUGAAUCCUAGUUCUAAUGAAAGUCUCUGUAAGAACAUCAAACUAAACAAAAUUAAGACAGAGAUACACUGCAGUAAUUUAGAUGGAAGAGAAUUCAUCAAGACAAUAGUCAAACCUGAUAUUUUAAAAAGAUGGGAAAAUUAUAUGGAAACAGGAAAUAAGACAAAUUUGAAAGUUGUUAUGAAUUUGCCAGCUCUUGGUAUUGAGUUUACUGAUACAUUUCAGUCAUUAUUUGCUGAUAUUGAUGAUAAUAUAAAACCUACAUCAUCAGAUUUACUUCCUUAUAUGUAUGUGUAUUGUUUUACAAAGAGUGAGACUCCUGAAGCUGAUGUGAAACAGAGAUUAGAGAGUACAAUAGGAUCACAAUUACCAGAUAACUUUACCAUUCAUAAUGUUAGAAAUGUAGCCCCUAAUAAAGAAAUGAUGUGCGUGUCUUUCCAUAUGCCAGCUGAGGUUCUAUUCAGGCAAAAACCAGAGGAGGGUUGUGGACCAGAAGUGAAGAAAAGAAGGAUAGAACUUGAAGAAAAUAACAGUUGAUUUUACAUUUGUUUAUUAAUUGUCACUUUUUGUAUCUUCACCGAAACUGCUUGGUCAAAUUUAACCAAACUUGACAGGAAUGAUGUAGGGCAGGUUUUUAACAAAUGAUCCUUAUUUGGUUCUGAUUGGAAGAAAAACAUGGCUACCAGAGAAAAAAAAAUUGAUUCUGAUUGGCCAAUUGUCAAAAAUCUUCACUGAGAUGACAAGUCAGAAAAUGAUGAAAUUUCAGGGGAAUGAUAAAAACAAAGCCAUUUUAAGCUAAAUUUCUCAGACAUUUAUACCUUGAGUAAUUAAGGGGUAAAUUUGCACGGAGCCUCUAAUUUGGUUAAAUUCCUAUACUUCCUUUAAGGUAAUGUUAAUCCACAUUGAUAUCUAUAAACAAUUACAUAAGAGUUGUAGCAUAAUCUUGACUUGAAGUCACCAUCUUACCUUAAAAGGUUGUAUGUAGUGUGAUGAACUCAUUGAUUAAAUCUUAUUAGUCCCCUACAGACGAAGUCUAAGGGGAUUUUAGGUUUGCACUCUCUCUGUCCAUCCGUCAUUCCGGCAAAUCAGUUUUCCACACUUUUUUUCUUCGUGCUUGUAGGUAUUUAUUUGAUAUUUAGUGUAUUGUUUUAUCAUGAUAAGUUACAGAUCAAGU